AUGGCUGGAGGAGGGGUGAUCCACCAGCUUCUGAGGAGAAAACUUCAGUUGCACCCUGGUGUCCCUUCAGUUUUAUCUUCCUUCACUUCGAAGAAAGUUCAUGAUGAUGCUGGAUCUGUGGGUAUGAAGUCCCUAAGAGCAUUUGCAUUACUUGGAGCUGGACUUUCUGGGUUUCUGAGUUUUGCAUCAAUAGCAUCCGCUGAUGAGGCUGAACAUGGGUUAGAGUGUCCAAACUAUCCUUGGCCUCACCAAGGGAUUCUAAGUUCAUAUGACCAUGCUUCGAUUCGUCGUGGUCACCAGGUUUACCAGCAAGUAUGUGCAUCUUGCCACUCCAUGUCCCUGAUUUCAUACCGUGAUUUGGUGGGUGUUGCAUAUACAGAAGAGGAGACUAAGGCUAUGGCAGCAGAGAUUGAGGUGGUUGAUGGACCUAACGAUGAGGGUGAGAUGUUUACACGUCCUGGUAAACUCAGUGACCGUUUUCCUCAGCCAUAUUCAAAUGAACAAGCGGCUAGAUUUGCUAAUGGAGGAGCAUAUCCUCCUGAUCUAAGUCUUAUUACGAAAGCUCGUCACAAUGGUCAAAACUACGUGUUUGCUCUUUUAACUGGUUACCGUGAUCCUCCUGCUGGUGUUUCGAUCCGAGACGGUUUGCACUACAAUCCUUACUUUCCUGGGGGAGCUAUUGCCAUGCCUAAAAUGCUCAUUGAUGGCGCUGUUGAGUAUGAAGAUGGUGUCCCUGCAACAGAAGCUCAGAUGGGAAAAGAUGUUGUGUCAUUUUUGUCAUGGGCUGCGGAACCAGAAAUGGAAGAGAGGAAACUGAUGGGCUUUAAGUGGAUAUUUGUACUUUCCUUGGCUUUGCUUCAAGCAGCUUAUUACCGGCGUUUGAAGUGGUCGGUCCUUAAGUCUCGCAAGCUGGUUCUUGAUGUUGUCAAUUAG